ACACAAAAGUAACAAACCCACCAGCCUACCACUCUCACUCUCUUUCUGUCAGAAAGUAUGGAAGCUCAGAAAUCUGAAAGCAACGACUCUCUCUCUGUAAAUUUUGAUAGAUAGGGAAACUGGCCGAGUGAGCCGAGUCGAACCGCAUUGAGCUCUACCUAGCUAUGGCGGCAGCGUUGGAGUGCUGGUCGAGCCGGGCGAGUACGGACGAGGACAUGGUGGAGCAGGCCGUGCUGAUGAGGACGGAGGACAGGUCCGAGGGGAUGAAGUCGUCGGCGGCGGAGAGCUCGGCCACCGUCGCCGGAGUUAAAGAGUCGUCGGCGAUGCAGAAGAAGCUGCAGAGGCUGAGCAGGAACGUGAGCGAGGCGAUUGCCUCGCUCAAGAACUCGCUGAAUCUUGACUCGGCCACUGACUCGCAAACGACGUCGUCUAAGAUCGAGAGCUGUAGGAAGGUAGUGUGGGGAAGCGUGGUGAGGAACCUCACUCAGCUGUAUCCUGGUAGUCAGUUACCGGAAAAGCUCGUCUCCAAUCUUCGCAAGCAUUAUGAUUCUCUUCCCCUCAGUUAUGCUCAGGCGGGGUUUGAGAUGAAAGAAGUGUUUCUCCAUAUAAAAUUGAUAGAGCAGGCAGCGGUGGACGACCACCCUGCAAUGUUGAUUCAAGAGGUGUCUGAACAUGAAGGUCAGGGGUCUGUCUACAAGCUCACGUUUGCUUGUAACUCUUUGGUUUCGCGGCCGGUGAUGUCGGAUGCGCUUGAAACCGCAUCCAUUUGCUGCAAAAAGAUACAGAUCUUUGAGAAGAAGGGUUGUACUCUUGGCAUUGUUCUACUUAUGGUUCAAGCUGGGCAGGAGAAGUCGUUCAGAAACCGGGUUGAAAUUGCGUUGAAAUCAGCUGUAAAGAAGCCCAAACUCAACACAGUAAAGCUCCCAUUUGGGCUGUGUGGGUGUCAGGAAGAAAGUACCAAGGGGAGAGAUAUGGGAGAGAUGGAGGAAGACAUUGGUGAACAAAAUUAUAGAAAUGGGAUUGAGAUUUCGAGUCAAAAGAUUCAGCUUCCGACACCCCUACCCACAACGUCAGUCCUUGUGUCUGUAGAUGAAUGGCAGACAGUCCAAUCUGGUGGAGAUGAGAUAGGGAAGUGGCUGUUGAACUCUGAUAGUCUUGACUUUGUUGAUCAGAUUGGACCCAAUACGUUUAAGGGAGUUUACAAGGGCAAAAGGGUUGGAAUUGAGAAGCUAAAAGGGUGUGACAAGGGGAACUCUUAUGACUUUGAGCUCCGAAGAGAUCUCUUGGAGCUCAUGACCUUUGGGAACAAGAACAUUCUGCAAUUUUAUGGUGUUUGCAUUGAUGAGAAUCAUGGGUUGUGCGUUGUGACAAAGUUGAUGGAAGGUGGAUCCGUAUAUGACUUGAUGCUUAAAAGCAAGAAGAUUCAGACUAAGGAUGUAAUAAGGAUUGCCGUUGAUGUUGCAGAGGGGAUCAAGUUCAUGAAUGAUCAUGGCGUUGCAUAUAGAGACCUCAACACACAGCGUAUCUUGUUAGAUCGAAAUGGGAAUGCUUGCUUAGGUGACAUGGGUAUAGUCUCUGCUUGCAAAGGUGUUGGUGAGGCAACGGAGUAUGAAACUGAUGGAUACCGGUGGCUAGCUCCUGAGAUCAUUGCUGGUGAUCCAGAAUGUGUUAGUGAGACAUGGAUGAGUAAUGUAUAUAGUUUCGGGAUGGUGAUUUGGGAGAUGGUGACUGGUGAGGCAGCCUACUCCGCAUGUUCACCGGUCCAAGCAGCAGUUGGGAUAGCUGCCUGUGGCCUCAGACCUGAGAUUCCAAAGGACUGUCCACAAAUGCUGAGAUCCUUGAUGACCAAGUGCUGGAACAACUCCCCCUCAAAGCGUCCUCAGUUCUCUGAAAUUCUAUCACUAUUGCUGCGGACCAACAACAAUGUAAGGUGAGGAUCUGUAUUCUCAAUGGUAUGUAUGAGGACCGUAAUCUAUUAAUGUUUAGUACUACUGUAAAACUACCCCGAAUUUUGGGGAGGAGUGAGUGCUUAAUGUAGGUGCAAAAAUAGACUGUGUAGCUGAAUUGAGGAAAAGUCUUCCUUCAUCUACAUUGCAAAUUACUUCUCUUUAUAUCUAUCUCCACAUUGUAAUUUUGUAUCCAAAAAAAUAGAGAAAAAAAAGAAAAUCCAAGAGUUCCUUUGUAUUA